UCGACGUACUCUAGGCCAAUCAUGGAUGUCGUACAGGCUGUCUCCGGCUACAUCACCAAGAUGGUGUCGGUCGGGGACUCCGCUGCAGGGGGCUCCUCCGCCGCGAAGAUGAAGAUCCUCUUGUUAGACAAUGAGACUGUCCCAAUAGUAUCCACGGCGACAACACAAUCAGCCCUCCUGAAUCAUGAAGUCUACCUCACCGACCGUUUGGAUAACCAAAACCGAGAGAAGAUGCGGCAUCUUAGAUGUCUAUGCUUUGUGCGUCCGUCGCCAGAGUCAAUACAAAGUCUGAUAGAGGAGCUGCGAGAUCCCAAGUACGGCGAGUACAAUAUAUACUUCAGCAACAUUAUCAAGAAAUCGUCCCUGGAACGGCUCGCUGAGGCCGACGACCAUGAAGUCGUACGCGCCGUGCAUGAGUACUUCGCCGACUUUCUCGUAAUCAACCCCGAUCUGAUGUCUUUAAACCUGUCAUAUCCAACGCACAGAAUAUGGAGCACUAGUCCGGAUGCGUGGAAUCAGGACUCGCUGCAAAGGUCAACGGAGGGCGUCAUGGCUCUACUUCUAGCUUUGAAGAAGAAGCCACUUAUCCGCUAUCAGAAGAAUAGUCUUAUGGCGAAGAAGCUAGCUACGGAGGUUCGGUAUCACAUGACGCAAGAGGACCAGUUAUUCGACUUUCGAAAGACGGAUACACCGCCGAUAUUACUCAUUGUUGAUCGACGGGAUGACCCGGUCACCCCUCUACUCACGCAAUGGACGUAUCAGGCAAUGGUGCAUGAACUACUAGGGAUCAAGAAUGGGAGAGUGGAUCUACGUGGCGUACCCGAUGUUCGACCUGAGUUAAGAGAGAUCGUGCUUUCUCAAGAUCAAGAUCCGUUCUUCAAGAAGAACAUGUACCUCAACUUUGGCGACCUGGGCCAGAAUGCCAAGGAUUACGUGGAACAAUUCGCGUCCAAACAUCAAGGCACUCAGAAGCUCGAUUCAAUCGCAGAUAUGAAGCGCUUUAUCGAAGACUUUCCUGAAUUUCGGAAGCUGUCCGGUAAUGUGACGAAGCACGUCACGCUAGUAGGUGAACUAAGCAGACGAGUUGGUGAAGACAACCUGCUGGAUGUCAGCGAGCUGGAGCAGAGUCUUGCCUGCACAGAAAACCACUCAAACGAUGUAAAGACACUCCAGCGUCUGAUACAAAAUCCAAAGAUACCCGUUGACAAUAAGUUGCGACUGACUGCGAUUUACGCCCUUCGCUACUCGAAGCACUCUUCGAAUUCGACGCCCAUGCUUUUAGAUCUUCUCGGUGUUGCCGGCGUCCCCCGACACAGACUGAAUCUCAUCACUAAACUCGUCACCUACCACGAGUCCUUGCAAGCUACUACGACCGCUGGAGGGGUGCCGGACUUAUUUCAAGCUGGGUCCUUUUUCGGCGGCGCACGCGACAGAUUCAAGGGCUUAAAGGGUGUGGAGAAUGUCUACACACAGCAUUCGCCGCGGUUAGAGACCACUCUGCAGGAUAUGAUCAAGGGCCGGCUUAGCCAACAAUCGUACCCUUUUGUUGAAGGGGGUGGCUCGACGAAAGACAAGCCUCAAGACAUCAUCAUCUUCAUGGUCGGAGGGACAACUUACGAGGAGGCGAAGAUGGUUGCGCAGGUCAACGCCAGCUCGCCUGGAGUCCGUGUCGUAUUGGGAGGUACCACGGUACAUAACAGUACCAGCUUCCUCGAGGAAGUCGAGGAUGCAGUCAACUCCUGGCCUGAGCCUGGACCUACGACAGCAGCAGGGCGCCUUAGAAGAGAAGUUGGAAGGUGAUUGCUGACCGGUUUCCCAAGACUUCAACGUAACAUGUAUGGUUUGCUGGUUGCUCCAUGCAUUUGAUGUUUCCAUAGUGGUCGGUGUCCAGCAUGGGCAAGCCAUAAGGGGCUCAAUAGGCACGAUAAAUAUUAAUGAAAUAACUCACAAUCCCUU